AUGCUGUUCAACAAGGUCUCCUAUGCCCUCGUGGCCGCUCUGGCGGCUCUUGGUGAAGCCAGCCACCACCACAACGUCCUCCACCCCAAGCGUGCCAACUACAACAGCACCACGGUCGUUACCUCCUCCGUCCUGGUUGUGCCGACGCCCCUGAGCACUGGUGUCUCGGGCCCUGCCGACCCUGCUCCUGCUUCUGCCAGCGAUGUCACCCUCACCUACACUCUUGGAGCCGGCACCUCGACCACCGUUGUCACCACCACCAUCCACCGCACUGCUACUGACACUCACUUCGUGACUGCGGCGGCUCAGAAUGACGAUGCCACCACCACUGUGUGGUCCUCUUCGACCGCGACCUCGUUCGUGACUUUGCUGCCUGUCGCAUCUGGUAGCGCCAGUGCCAAUGGCAAUGGCUGCGCGGCUGGUGCCACUACCACUGUGCUUCAGAGGGAGACCGUCACGGUGUACGCCGCUCCUCCCAGUGCCUCCCCCUCGGGCGUCCAGUCCGCCGUUGUUCAGCCGACUCCUUCGACUGGCAACUCCGGUUCUGGCAGCGCUCCCAGCGACCCCAGCAACCCUCACGGCUCCAGCCUUCCCAACAUCCCCGCCCAGGCCCCGUACGGCAACGGCACUAUUCCCACCCCGAAGCCGGCCAGCUCUGGAUUCCUGACCAGCCGGCUGCCUCGCCCGACUGGCUUCCGCCGCCACUAA